AUGUCAUCAGGCGUGCAAGUCCCUACAACUGCGAAUCUUCCACCUAUUAUUGCCCAACUAUUCGAGGGCAAAGCUCGUAAAGGCCUGACCUUUGACCAAAUCGCGAAGGAGCUUGGUAAGGACGAGAUAUGGGUCGCUUCCGCCUUCUAUGGGCAGGCCAAAUUCACUCCAGAUGAACUCAAGAAGGUCGCAGAAGUAGUCGGCGUCAAUACGGCGGAAUUAGUUCAAGACCUAGGAGACCACUGGUGGCCCAAUCGUGGGCUCGGACCCAUCCCUCCUACAGAUCCUGUUAUCUAUCGUUUGUACGAGGGCGUCUUGGUUUACGGACACGCCAUCAAAGCUGUGAUUCAUGAAAAGUUCGGCGAUGGAAUUAUGUCCAUGAUUGAUUGCAAGAUCAACGUUGACCGGAAGCCUGAUCCAAAAGGUGAUCGGGUCGUCCUGACGUUCGAUGGGAAGUUCUUGUCAUACGCGAAGUGGUGA